GGCAGGGAAACCUCCACCUGGCUUACACCUGGAUGUAGUCAAAGGAGACAAACUCAUUGAGAAACUCAUCAUUGAUGAGAAGAAGUAUUAUCUUUUUGGGAGAAAUCCUGAUCUGUGUGACUUCACCAUUGACCACCAGUCCUGCUCUCGGGUCCAUGCUGCCUUGGUCUAUCACAAACACCUCAAGAGGGUUUUCCUCAUAGAUCUAAACAGCACACAUGGCACGUUCUUGGGUCACAUCCGUUUGGAAGCUCACAAACCUCAACAAAUUCCCAUUGACUCCACGGUUUCCUUUGGUGCUUCCACGCGGGCCUACACGCUGCGGGAGAAGCCUCAGACACUGCCGUCGGCGGUGAAAGGAGACGAGAAGAUGGGUGGUGACGACGAGGAGCUCAAGGGCUUGCUGGGCCUGCCAGAGGAGGAAACGGAGCUUGACAACCUGACAGAGUUUAAUACAGCCCACAACAAAAGAAUUUCCACACUAACCAUAGAGGAAGGAAACUUGGAUAUUCAGAGACCAAAGAGAAAACGGAAGAACUCCAGAGUGACGUUCAGUGACGACGAUGAAAUCAUUAACCCUGAGGAUGUGGACCCAUCUGUUGGACGUUUCAGGAACAUGGUACAGACUGCAGUAGUCCCUGUAAAGAAAAAACGGUUGGAGAAUCCGGGCUCGCUGACGACGGAUGAUUCUGCGUCGCGGCGCAUGCAGAGCUUCCCGUACAGCGGAGGAUUGUAUGGUGGGUUACCCCCAACCCACAACGAGGCGGGUUCCCAGUCGCACGGCGUCCACGGGACAGCGCUCAUCGGGGGGCUGCCCAUGCCCUACCCGAAUCUUGCCCCCGACGUGGACUUGACUCCUGUCGUACCCUCAACAGUGACCAUGAACCCUGCUCCAAACCCUGCUGUCUUUAAUCCCGAAGCUGUGAACGAACCCAAGAAGAAGAAAUAUGCCAAGGAGGCCUGGCCGGGCAAGAAGCCAACCCCGUCCUUACUGAUCUGAGCAGGGGGUUGCUGAGGGAGGGGGGAGUUACGAACUCAGAAACUGUUCAUGUGCAGUAUCGUCUUUUUAAAAUUUCGGUGUCCUAACCACGUAUAAUAUCAAGAUUGGAGAAGUGAAAUAUCCUUUAAAGAUCUGUCUUCAAAUGUUUUUAUAUGUAUGUUUAAGAAAAUACAGCUCCCAUCUCCUUUUGAA